AUUAUCUUACAACAAUUUCAAUUUGAAGUAAAAUAUCGCAAAGGAAAGGCUAACGCUAACGCUGAUACUCUAUCACGGAUUAAUGAAUUACAGACACCAAACUCACUCGAAUCAACAUCAAUAACAGAUCAUGGAUAA